AUGUCCCCCAUCUCCAGUAUCAAACGUCCCAUCCGCAUCGGCGGCGCCUCAGGCGGCUUCUCCGACCGCGUCUUCGCCAUCACCCAGCUCGCCAAAAACCCCGACGUCGACCUCAUCAUGGGCGACUGGCUCUCCGAAAUGACCAUGACCAUCCACGGCGCCGGCAAAGCCGCUAACCAGCAGAAAGCCGCCGCCCAGAAAUCCGGCAUCGUGAGCGCCGCAUUCGGCACCACAGGCACCGGCCACCACAAAGCCUGGAAUGUGGACGAGAGCGUGGCGGGUGCCAUGUUCGCCGAGAAUUUCAUCGACUGCUUCAGGCCUGCUAUCCCGUAUCUUGCGAAGAACGGGACGAAACUAGCUGUUAAUGCGGGGGCGAGCGAUACGGAAAUUUUGGCAAAGUAUGUGAAGAAGAUGUGCGAUGAGGCGGGGCAUCCGAUGAAGGUAGCGUGGGUCGAGGGGGAUGACGUUACGGAGGCCGUGAAUAAGCUUAUUGCGAAAGGGGAGAAGUUUGAGAGUCUGAUGCAUGGCAAGGCAUUAGAGGAACUAGGGCUGGAUCCGCUGUGCGCGCAGGGCGCGGAUAUCGUCAUCUGUGGUCGUGUUUCUGAUGCGGCUCCUGCGAUCGGUGCGGCAGCAUGGUGGCACGACUGGAGGCCUGACCAGCAUGAUGAACUCGCAGGUUCCCUCAUCGUCGGACAUCUGAUCGAGUGCGCUUCUUACGUUUGCGGUGGGUACUAUUCGGGUUUCAAAGACCUGCUCAAGGCAAAGAAGUACCUGAAUGUCGGAUUCCCAAUCGCUGAAGUCGACCACAAGGGCGAGUGCAUCUUGACCAAGGAAGAGAACACAGGAGGCUGCAUCACAGUAGGUUCUGUGACAUCGCAAUUGCUGUAUGAAAUUCAAGGACCGCUGUACUACGGCUCUGAUGUUGUAGCCGAGAUUUCCAAUAUCAAGAUGGAACAGGUUGGCGAAGAUCGCGUUAAAAUAAGUGGCGUGAAAGGGCUUCCUCCGCCUCCCACCACGAAGAUUGGAAUCACAGCUCCUGCUGGGUGGCAAGCGGAAUACCACAUCUACAUGGUAGGUCUAGACAUCGAAGAGAAGUGUAAGUGGACCGAGGACCAGAUCCGGGAAUCUCUAGGCGAGCAACGCAUCAAAGAAUUCUCAAUGCUUAAGUUCCAUGCCAACGGAUCUUCUCCAAUCGAUGCUCGAAAUCAGGAUCUGGCUACUGUCGACUUCAGAGUCUUUGCCCAGGCAAAGAACCGGGAACUCCUCCGAAUGGACAACCCACAGGGCUUUUUCAGACUGUCAAUGGUGACGUUCCUUGAGAGUGUUCCGGGCGCAUCUUUGGGCAACGACAUGCGACAAGCUGAGGGCAAGCCCUACUACGAGUAUUGGGUCACCCUGUUCCCACAGUCAGAAAUCAAUCACCGAGUCCACCUCCUAUUCGGCGACAAAAAGAUCAUUCCAAUUGACGCUCCAGUGAAGACAGAACCCUUCGUCAGGAAACAACCAUCAUACGAGACCAAGGACCCUGUGGACCUCUCGGCUUUUGGAGAGACGGUGCGAGCGCCCUUGGGGUACGUCGUGCUAGGUCGCGGUGGAGACAAAGCGUCGGAUUGCAACAAUGGCUUCUUCGUCCGCCAUGAUGACGAGUGGGACUGGCUGCGGUCGAUAUUGACGAUUGAAAAGAUCAUCGAGUUGCUGGGUCCUGAGGAGUAUAAGAAGAAGCCUAUUGAUCGGUUCGAGAUGCCAAACAUCCGCGCCGUCCAUUUCCUAUUGCACGAUCAUCUAGACAGAGGGUACAACGCGUGCUCGACGUAUGACACUUUGGGGAAGAACUGUAUGGAGUAUCUGAGGGCUAAAACGGUUGAUAUCCCCAAAAGGUUUCUUGACCGCGGGAGAGUGUAGGUCGUAGCGUUUUGUCAUAUUAGCAUUUGUUAGUGAAGUAUAGCGUUUCAAUCUGGAGUCCAAUUGCCC